AUGAUAACUAUCUUAUUAAAACCAAAUAGUAGUGUUGGUAGUAGUAGUAGUAGUAGUAGUAGUAGUAGUAGUAGUAGUAGUAGUAGUAGUAGUAGUAGUAGUAGUAGUAGUAGUAGUAGUAGUAGUAGUAGUAGUAGUAGUAGUAGUAGUAGUAGUAGUAGUAGUAGUAGUAGUAGUAGUAGUAGUAGUAGUAGUAGUAGUAGUAGUAGUAGUAGUAGUAGUAGUAGUAGUAGUAGUAGUAGUAGUAGUAGUAGUAGUAGUAGUAGUAGUAGUAGUAGUAGUAGUAGUAGUAGUAGUAGUAGUAGUAGUAGUAGUAGUAGUAGUAGUAGUAGUAGUAGUAGUAGUAGUAGUAGUAGUAGUAGUAGUAGUAGUAGUAGUAGUAGUAGUAGUAGUAGUAGUAGUAGUAGUAGUAGUAGUAGUAGUAGUAGUAGUAGUAGUAGUAGUAGUAGUAGUAGUAGUAGUAGUAGUAGUAGUAGUAGUAGUAGUAGUAGUAGUAGUAGUAGUAGUAGUAGUAGUAGUAGUAGUAGUAGUAGUAGUAGUAGUAGUAGUAGUAGUAGUAGUAGUAGUAGUAGUAGUAGUAGUAGUAGUAGUAGUAGUAGUAGUAGUAGUAGUAGUAGUAGUAGUAGUAGUAGUAGUAGUAGUAGUAGUAGUAGUAGUAGUAGUAGUAGUAGUAGUAGUAGUAGUAGUAGUAGUAGUAGUAGUAGUAGUAGUAGUAGUAGUAGUAGUAGUAGUAGUAGUAGUAGUAGUAGUAGUAGUAGUAGUAGUAGUAGUAGUAGUAGUAGUAGUAGUAGUAGUAGUAGUAGUAGUAGUAGUAGUAGUAGUAGUAGUAGUAGUAGUAGUAGUAGUAGUAGUAGUAGUAGUAGUAGUAGUAGUAGUAGUAGUAGUAGUAGUAGUAGUAGUAGUAGUAGUAGUAGUAGUAGUAGUAGUAGUAGUAGUAGUAGUAGUAGUAGUAGUAGUAGUAGUAGUAGUAGUAGUAUGAAGAAAUGA